UGUGUGUGUGUGUGUGUGUGGAAGGGGAGGGAGGGAAGGUAGUCAGCAGAGAGAGAGAAAACAAGAGAACACCGGCAAGUGUUCAGUGCCGGCUGGUUGCUCCAUUAGUGAGGACGUGCCUUUCUGUCUCUCCCUCUAUUCUCUUCAUCUCUCUCUCUCCUCUCUCUCCUCUCUUUCUCUCUCUAUCCUCUCUCUCUCUCUGUCUGUCUGUCAUCAUCUACCGCUCCCAUGCAUUUUCCUCUCAUUGUGGUCUCUUGUUAUUUUUUUCGUGUAUGUGUGUGGGGGCUUUCUCGUGGACUAAGCAGGAAGACACACACACACACACACACGCAGACACACACACGCACACACACACACACAGACGGGAGAGAGAAUCAGAACGGAGGCUGCGUAGCUCCCCCCCGGUCCCCCUCCGUCUGCCUGGGGAGAGUCUCAGGCUGUGAGCCCACCGUCACCGGAACACAGCAGCAGCAGCAGCAGCAGCAGCAGCAGCAGCCGCGGAGGCAGCAACCGAUGGUCAUGGUGAAGGAGAAAGUGGCCCAUGCUCAGGAAUCCCACCAUCCCCCAGAGAAGCUUGUCAUCCGCUGCUAUAAGUGUGGCGAGCCAUGCAAGGGCGAGGUGCUCCGCGUGCAGUCCAAGCACUUCCACAUCAAGUGCUUCACAUGCAAAGUGUGUGGCUGCGACCUGGCCCAGGGUGGCUUCUUCAUGAAGAACGGCGAGUACCUGUGCACACUGGACUACCAGAGGCUGCAUGGCACGCGCUGUAACGGCUGUGGAGACUUCGUGGAGGGGGAGGUGGUGACGGCGCUGGGCAAGACCUACCACCCUGCCUGCUUCGUCUGCACCAUCUGCAAGCGUCCUUUCCCUGCGGGGGACCGGGUCACCUUCAAUGGGAAGGACUGUCUGUGCCAGCGGUGUGUGCAACCCAUGUCCCCCACGCCCAAAGACAUCAGCGCCUCCAGCAACUGUGCGGGCUGUGGCCGGGACAUUAAGAAUGGUCAGGCUCUGCUGGCGCUGGACAGACAGUGGCACCUGGGCUGCUUCAAGUGCAAAGCCUGUGGGAAGGUGCUGAGUGGAGAGUACAUCAGCAAGGAUGGCGCCCCCUACUGUGAGAAGGACUAUCAGAUCCACUUUGGCGUGCAGUGUGAAGCCUGCCAGCAGUACAUCACAGGGAAAGUUCUAGAGGCAGGCGAUAAACACUACCACCCCAGCUGUGCACGAUGCAGCCGCUGCAACCAGAUGUUCACGGAGGGAGAGGAGAUGUACCUACAAGGCUCAACAGUAUGGCAUCCAGACUGUAAGAACAGUAGCAGAGCUGAGGAGAAGUACAGGGCAAUCCGUCGGUCUCCGGGGAAGCCCACCCCUUUCGAUAUCUUUUUCCCCCAGUCCCAGACCCAGUCUUCCAGCCAAGCCUCUAAGAGCAGGCCUGAGCUCCUUCCUCCCUCUGUAAGCUCCCUCCACCAAUCAGAAAGGCAGCCCACCCGGUCGUCGUCGGAGAGCAUCUGCUCGCGGCCCGGCUCCAGCAUCCAGGGCUCUCCGGGCCACACCAUCUAUGCAAAAGUAGACAAUGAGAUCAUUGAUUACAGGGAUCUAGCUGCCAUCCCCAGAGUCAAGGCAAUUUAUGAUAUAGAGCGCCCCGACAUGAUCUCCUACGAGUCCCUCCACUCCAACUCCUCCACCCUGGACCACAGACAGGGCAGGCAAAGCCCAGGAGAGCCCUUGUGUCGACAGCCUUUGAUAUCCAGACGGCUGCGUUCUCCCUUACCGGACCUGCGCCCAAUAAGUGCUGGAUGUGACAGCUCCCCCAUGGCCCAAGAAACUAACCUGUCUCGACAGCCCUCCCCAGCACUGACAUCUCCCAGGACGUUGUCUCCCACCCCCUCUGCUGAGGGUUGCUAUGAUAUGAGGGAACGGAUCAUGCAGCGGUCGACCAGUCAGGGCUCUAUUGGGUCGCCAGUGUAUAACCGGCACAGCUACACGCCCACUGUGUCGCGUUCGCCCCAGCACUUCCACAGACCAGGAAUGCUGAAACUCUGUUCUUCUUUGCGCUCCGGUCCCAAUGACACCCGCCCCACUUCCCCUUUUCGACAUCACUUCCUCCCCCAUAACAAAGAAUCUUUCUGCAUAGGCACUGAGCCGUCCAGCGGCCGGAGUUCCCCCCUCUCCUCUCGGCCGGCCACUCCGACACACCCAUUGACCCCCAAACAUUUCCACAUCCCAGAACAAGGAAUGAACAUGUACAGGAAGCCUCCAAUCUACAAACAGCAUGAUCCAGCUGCCAUGGCAGCCCAAAGCAAGUCCUCCGAAGAUAUCAUCAAAUCGGCCAAGUUCCCCGCUGCUCACGCCCCGCGGCCCAACGAAACGCCAAAGAUUGAGACUGACUACUGGCCCUGCCCUCCCUCCCUGGCUGCCCUAGGAUCAGAUGGGCGGAGUCGUUCAAGAGACGAUGAAGAGGAGGAGAUGCUAAAACGCAGACAGAUUCAGGAAGAGCAUCUCAGCAAGAUCCAGUCUGGCCUGGGCAAGCUCAUCCUGAAGGAGGAGAUGGAGCGUGAGCAGAACAGGGAGAGAUACAGCUACACCACUCCUCGCUACAACCAGCAGUUCACCAACUGCACCGCAGAUCCAAGCUCGCCAACCACCAAGACCUCAUCACUGCCUGGGUACGGACGAAACGGCAUGCACCGGCCUCAGUCCACAGAGCUCACUCAGUAUAACAGCUAUGGGGACGUCUGCGGAGGUGUGAGGGAUUUUAAGCCAAUCCCUGAUGGCCAGACUUCCAACAGAUUGGACAGGGGAGUGUCUAUGCCUAAUAUGUUGGAAUCAAAAGUGUACCCAUAUGAAAUGCUCACUGUCACCAACAGAGGGCGAGCAAAGCUACCCAGGGACGUGGACCGGACCCGGCUGGAGCGCCAUUUGUCCCCUGAGGUGUUCUUUGACAUCUUCGGGAUGCAGAUUCAGGAAUUCGACAGACUUCCCCUUUGGAAGCGCAACGACAUGAAGAAGAAAGCCAAGCUCUUCUAGUCACCUGUCCCUGCAUGUUUUUAUUUUCAUUUUUUUUAUUUAUCAUUCACCCCAGUAAUAAUAAUACUAUUAAUAAUGCAUCAUUACAUGUAGUCUUCUGAUUUUCUGAUUUUAAUUUGCUCCAAUAGAGGGAGGGUUGUUGCAUACAUACAGACAUGUUGUAAACAAAAAACUUCUCUCAUUUUAUUUUGGUUUUGGAAGAGAAGAUUAUAAAUCAUACAUAAGCUUUUGUACCCCUCCCUCCUUCAGGAUGUAGACAUAUGUUUGCAAUGUUUGUUUUAUUAUUUUUUAUGUUAGAAUAUAUACAUUAUCUUAAAGAUAAUCAGUGAAUCCCUUGUUUGGAGAGGGAAGGUGGUAGAGCCUGCAGGACUCUGUUGACCUCUGCACUUGUUUAGCGACGUCCCCGAGCGAAGUCUGAUCCUUCAUUCCCUCCUGCUCUCUUUUCGCGCCCCCUCCACUACCCCCCGCCCCCUCGUACCUGCCCCUUUCCCAUAAACUGGGGGGCUGUAAUCCGGUAAAGCUGAGGGAGGCCUGUGGGGGUCCCCCUGUUAAGCUGCUGUUGAGGCGCGACGGGCGGACGAGUUUCAGGAGGACCACCUGCCGCUCGCCAGGGCCUAACGAGUCCCCUUGAUGUGAGUUAACGGGGGGAAGUGGCCACGGUCGCUCCAUCUUCGCAUGUGUUUGUGUGUGUGUGUGUUUGUUUGUGUUUGUUUAUGUUUGUUGUGUGUGUGUGUGUGUGUGUGUGUGUGUGUGUGUGAGCACCAGGGCACCGGGGAAGCCCUCAAGGGCCAUCCGGGCCCAGAGAUUCUACAAGGCAUUAAGAGAACUGUACACACACACACACACACACACACACACAGUCUUUCCUCCACCUCAUGUGUCUUCUGUUCCUUAAAGAAGCUAUUACGGUUGCCCCCCCCAAACCCUUCUCUGGCCAAAAGAGCUAGUGAGACAAUGGGACUACUUUUUUAAACCCAUACACUACUUCCAAUCCUAGCACUGCCCCCUCAUUCAUUUUCCACAUCACAACUUUAUGUUUUGUUUGGUCUUCAGAUGAAGUGUUGGCUAAUUUUCAGGAAUUCAAUUACUGUGGGGGUUCUACCACUAGAGAGCAGGCUUGUGUUGCAUCAGAAUGAAUGAAAAAGAGGUUGCCACUGAAUUUUGAACGCCACUUUUCCAUGUCACCCUUCUCUCUCCCUCUUCCUCUCUUCCCUACAUCCUUUACUAACAUAUUUCUUUGUUGUUGCUUUCUGUCUUUUUUGAGUCUGACAAUCCACACUUUUUUUUUGUUUGUUUGACCGCUCUCCGGUCCUACCUUGCAAUAUAUCCCAUUAUUAUCUCCAACAGCAUAUCACUUUGAAUAAAGCUCAGAUUUGAGAAAAUAUUUGCAUUUGAUAUGACUUGCAUUUUGUAAACGUUUUGAGACUUUGAAACUGCCACUGUGUUGCGGUGGGGUGGGGCUGUAUGUAGUAACAUAAACAUGAAAUGAAAUAGAAGAGGGGAAAGUGUCAAAAUAAAAGUCAUUUCCAGAACCUCAGGCAUGCGGUGAGCCAAUACCAUGAUCUGUUAUUGGGCAGAUAGUCUGGUUUGCACCAAUCAGCGACACUGGUUUGUUUUUUUUUUUCAAGUGAAGUCAUAACCCUGAGAUGUCAGGGUCUUGGCGUUGGUACAGCACCUCAAAUACCCAUGCUAGCUUUGUGUAGUGCCUAUAGGUGUACAAACCGCCCAGGGCUCAACCAUUGUGUCAACGCUGGCUAGGGUGUGUAGUCUUAAGUAUAAAUGUUUCAAUUCUCCAUGUGUUGACCUAAUCUGUGUGUGCUAAAUGUGGUCAGCAUUACAUUAACAGAAACAUCUAGAAACUUCAGAUAAUGUUUUACAGUACAGAUCAAACACUAUAACAAUGCCAACAGCAUAUUGUAGGAGCUGGCUGGUGAUGUGAAGUAGAAGUAUCUAACUGAAUGGCCAUACGGGAGGAAAUGGAUUUCUGAAGGACAAGGAGAACAGUAGCUCAAAGAUAAGACAAAGCUGCCUGCAUGUAUUUUCCAUGACAGAGGAUAUGAGCUAACCGGGGAGAAUGUGAUUUUUCUUUUGUAAUUCUUCCAAGAUAAAAAAAUGUAGAUUUUGAGAUGACGCCGUACUAGAAAACUACUACUACAACCCCCCACCUUGUAUACUGUGUCACUUUAAAACAAAUGGGAAUGAGAGAGCAUUUUGAUAUCCAAUCUUUGUUCCUCACCUUUUUCUCGGUCUUUUGAAGGAAAAGACUUGAUGGCAAUGAUGUAUUUGCGUGACAGCGUAAUAAAACACUGCUUCAAACAUUCA